AUGAACGUGGUCACAACCAAGUACGAGUACUACAUAGACCUCCUGGAAGAUUUGACCCGCAGCCAGCAGAUCGCUGAUACUACAGUCAUAAUCUGCCUGUCGCGAACGGAUUUCCUCAGCCACGUCGCAGCACAGAUUCACCGCCUUUCCACCUCUGAGCAACCAGAAGAUGCAGGAAGUCCAGGUGAUCUUACGGCGGACGUUACCGAGUCUGCGUCCAGCCAGCACAGAUUCCUGGUCCCAACACUACAGCUCUUGUCUGUCGGCCAACACAUGAGACUAGCGUACUGCCCGAACAUUCCAUCACUAAGGGCAUACUUGUCCACGUACGGUAGCCAGCAGGAAUCAACAGCACCAAGUCGCUCUCGUCUGAUUAUCGUUGAUCUGCUGGCUCUCCAUCACGGCACAUCAGAGUUUACUUUGCAGGGCCUCUCGAGGACGUUAGCCACAGCGGUGUCGGUUGCGAGCUCGGCGUCGAGCGAUCUCGCGCUGACCGAGUGCAAGGAUAUCCGAGACCCGACACACCCGGAUCGUGGCUCUCGCUUGUGGGAAGCUCAAGUUCCGCUUCUGAGCGGCUCCGUCAGGAUCGGUCUCGAAGGCUCCAGAUGGUCCGGCCGGGCUCUCACAAUCAGGAAAAUCGCUUCAAGAUGGUUUCAAAUCGAAGAUGAACCAAGACGAGGUACUGCCAGUUGA